AUUUCUUUUCUCUCUUUUUAUACUUAUGACUUCUGCUGUUGAUCGCGUUACUCAGCUCUUGGGCCACUUGACUAACGUCAGUCCUGCCCUUAAAGACAAGGUUUGUAUUGUCACAGGUGCUGGCUCUAUUCACGGUAUUGGUCGUGCUACUGCUAUUUCACUUGCUAAGCGUGGUCCCAAGGCAAUUUAUGUGACUGAUUUAACGCUAAACAACCUUGAAGAACUCGCUAAAGAAAUCGAAAGCACAUACAAAGUCAAAUGUAUUCCUCGUGCUGUAGAUGCCACCAGCACUUCUGCUGUCACUAGUAUUAUCAACGAUGCAUUGACCGAAUUUGGUAGAUUGGAUGUGUUUUUUGCAAAUGCUGGUGUUGCUACAGGCACUCGUCUUCAAGACGAAAAUGCUGAAUCAUUUAUGGAAAUGAUGCGUAUCAAUGCAUUAAGUUGCUUCUUGGCUGUCAAGCAUGCUGGUGAAGCCAUGUUGAAGUUGGGUGGUGGUAAACAAGAGACAGGAGGCUCUAUUAUUUGUACUGCUUCUGUUGCUGGUAUCCGCUCUGGUGCUGGUUCACCUGAAUAUUCUGCUUCCAAAGCAGCUGUGAUUAACCUAUGCCAAACAAGUGCAUUCCAAUUUGCUGGCACUAAUAUCCGUGUGAAUGCUAUUUGUCCUGGCUUGAUUGAAACUGGUAUGACUAAAUCCACUUUUGAUUAUGCUCGUCAAAGAGGCUCUGCUCAUAAAAUUGGCCAAUUGAACCCUACAAAGAGAUACGGUGUUGCUUCAGAGAUUGCUCAUGUUGUUGCCUUCUUGGCUUCUGAUGAAGCUUCUUAUGUCAAUGGCCAAUUCAUUGCUGUUGAUGGUGGCCUUUCAGCUAGUCUCCCCGUUGUUCCUGGAAAAUUCCAUUAA